CACUGUACUCAAAGUAAUCAUUUGAAACGUGGCGGAGUGUUGUUUGUAAGUAGAAAUAAGAAAAUCUAGCAGAGCCAGUGGUGACUCAUAGGUUUGGUUUACAAUCCUACUAGAAUCUCUUCAUGCCAAAGCCUCUCAAUUAUCAUCCCAUACGCCAUGAAUUUACACACCCCAACUACUCUCCAAACUAAACCAAACAUCUUUUUAUUUCCUAUUUCCAAAAGGGCUUCUGGGUUUGGUGUUAGAUUUCCAAUUUCUGUAACCAAAUGUUCAGUAACUAAUGUUCCUUUAACCGCUACACAAACUUCUACUAAUUUUAUGCAACCGAACAUUCCGAAGCUGCAGGCCGUCGAGGAGAAUAUCGAGAAGGUUAUUUAUCGAUGUCGCUUCUUGGCGAUUUUUGGUGUUUUUGGCUCUUUGAUUGGAUCCUUCUUGUGUUUUAUCAAGGGAUGUACUUAUGUUAUGUCAUCUUUUAUGGAAUACUUUGCCAAUCAUGGCAAAGUGAUUUUAUUGCUGGUAGAGGCUAUAGAUGUAUAUCUGUUAGGAACAGUGAUGCUAGUUUUCGGAAUGGGUCUAUAUGAGUUGUUCGUUAGCAACCUAGACAAUCCAAAGUUCAUGUCAGGGGAUACACUUGUUCAAAAAUCUAAUUUAUUCGGAUUGUUCACCUUGAAGGAACGGCCGAGAUGGUUAGAAGUGAAAACAGUAAAUGAGCUGAAAACCAAGCUGGGGCAUGUCAUAGUGAUGCUACUUCUCAUCGGUUUCUUUGAAAAGAGUAAGACGGCAAUAAUACAUUCUCCCAUAGAUUUACUUUGCUUUGCCACUUCUGUUUUCCUUUGUUCUGCUUGCCUCUACCUCUUAUCUAAGCUUGCCGACUGAAUUUAUAUGUUUGUAAAGAGAUAAUUAAGUAAUUUUUAGACUUUUAUCAAACAAUUUUAAUUUUUAA